GCAGUGAGCGAACAAAGGCAGGCCAGGUGUAAGGAUCGAUUCACUCGUGCCAGCCCCAUGCCUCGGGCACCGAGAGCCGACGCAGCUGUCCGGUCGCCCUGCCUCGUGGAGGGGGUGUACAAGGAGUGGAAGAAUGCUCCAGCAGUCCGCAAUGUGGUCCUAGAAACUGACAGGCUGUUUCAGUCUUCGUGUCAUGAAAGGAAGGCAAUCAAGUUUUGUAUCAAGGAUGCAGUCUACAACCAAUAUGUUCUGGCCCCGGUGCUUUUUCGCAUGGCAAUGGUUGACAGUCACCCACUUCCAUGUUUGAAAGUCUUGGCACGGGAGAUCAGGUUGUUCCGCACGAAGAUGAACCUGGUGUGCCAGAAGGAAAAGAGCAAGCUUGACUGCUGGACCUUGAAAAGCAUGCUGAGCUUCGUUAAGAUGAAGACCCACAAACGGCUGGGUUCGAAGGUGGUCUUCAAUUCGUCUGAUGAAGAGGAGGAGGAUGACAGCUGGUUCGAUGCCCUAGUGACACGAGCACUUAGUGAUGUCUCUGACAUGUCUGCCCCAGAUGAUUUUCCCGAAGUUGCCCCGACUGAGCUUGAUGAUGAUACCCAACCUGUUGAUGAUUCCCAACCUGUUAUGGAUUCCCAAGUCCUGAUCGUUGAGCCUGACUCCCAAUUUGUGGAGGCUGAUGAUUUCAUGGGUCACCAGCUCGAACCUGUUGAACCUUUUGAAUCCCAGUUGGAAGCCUCCCAGGGGCCUGAUUCCCUCCCGCUGGAUUCGAAGAAAGGUUUGGAUGUGAGCUCCCGCCCUGUGGCACGUCCGCUUCAGGCAACUGAGGACAUGCAUCCUAAGGCAUGUACCGACAAGAAUGGCAGCAAUGUCAUCAACUUGGAUGGUGAUGACACUCAGGAUGUGAAAGGGAGCGCAACUGAAGCUGCAAUUCGAGCGCGUCGCAUUGCUAGCUUGAAGGCUAAGAUUGCCCACUUGGAAGCCAUGCAGGUGGAGAAUGUCGAGGUGGAGAAAGAGUCAUGGCUUGUGACGGAGUCCCUUCCGUUUGGUUCCGAUGUUGACCAGACCUUGCCCAUGGAAGUUGGGGAUGACUUACCUGUUGGGGUUGGGGUCCUGCUUCAAAAAGAAGACAAACUUCAAAAAGAAGCCGAACAUGUUGAUUCAGAGCCCCAUGACCCGGGUAGCCCACCGGGUGGCAAUGCCAAGAAGUUCCCCGUGCCAUCGCAUCUUGAAGGGAAGGGUGAUGUGAAGGUGCUGACCCGUCGAGAACAACUGCAUCUCAAUGCCAAGAUGAAGGAGGAGAAACAGAACGGUGGAGGAACAACCAGAGGUGGUGGGAGGGGACGUGGGAGAGGUGGCAGAGGCAGAGGUAAGAAGAUCCAGCCCAGCACCGAACCCUCGGGCCCAGCCCCUGAAAAUGUACCUGAACCUCAUGAGGUUGAGUCUGACAUGGAUUUGGACAAACAAGUGUCCUCAUCUAAGCGUGCAACCAUGUGCACCCCUGAGCGUCGCAAGUUGUUCCAUGACACCGGAGAUGAGAUUUCCCCUUCAAAGGACAAAGACGACAAAGACUCCCCGCCCAUCAAGCCCAAGAAGUCUAAGAGACCUAAACGUGCACAGAAGACCCCAAAGCCCAAGAGCAAUGCAGCCGGUUCCAAGGAUAAGCCUUCAGAGGAACCUUCAAUCACCCCGCCUGAGACUGAACCUUCCAGGAAUGUUGAGCCUGCUGAGGAGAAGGAGACUAAGGUGAAGCCCCCUACCGACCGCCAGAAGACUUGGGCUGAGGGUGUUCUGAUGGAUGCCAAGAAUGAUUCCCCGUCUUGGGACCAUGUCACCAAGUUGUUUGAGGCCACCAAAAAGGAUGAACGUGAUCCCUACCCAAAGAUGCACUACUGGGGUUUGAGCAUGUACUAUAACACACGUCGUGUGGGACUUCUUCAGCAGCAGAAAGGCAAGGGAAAGAAGGUUCAUGUGAUGAGCUUUUCCGGGGGAGCAGUGUGCACUCACAUUGGCAUCCCGCUGGCCGCAACCUGUUUGGUUGUCAGCUUUGCUGGUGGUGACAAUCCGGCUGAUGAGUGCAAGAGCUUUGAGUCCGAGGAGAUGGAAAACUACAAGCAGGCCCUUCAAGAUCUUGUUCGCCGCACGAAGCGAUGGGACGAGCCAAACGCAAAGCCUGGCAAGUCCGUUUGGAUGAGGGGUGCUGACGGCAUUGGUCUUGAUGCUCCUAUGGUCGUCAAAUGUCCAGACAUUGACGCAGGACGGAAUGUUGCGGCCCUGGACAUCAAUUACUUUGAGCCAGACCCAAAGAACCCACAUAGGCUUUCGCUCCUGAUCUUCCUCGUGGAGGCCUUGAGUGGAUGCUGGGCAGUGGAGCAACCGCACCUGUCAAUGUUGCGCUUCCACCCACGUGUCAUGCAGGUCUUCCACCACUUUAGGGCAAUGCAAGCUGAACUAGAAGCUCUGACCAUUGGAUCUGCCAAUGGGGAGACCGGUGCCGAUGAAGAGGAGCUGAGACAGUCCAUGAAGCGUUCGCCGCCCAAAUCCACCAAGAACACCCCUGUGAAGUCUACGGCUUUGGCUAAGAAGCCCCGGAAUCAAGCUGGUGAUCAGGCGAAGUCUGGCCUUGCAGCAGCCCCAAAGGCUGCACCGAAAGCAGCGCCCGUCGCUGCACCUGUGGCUGCAGACACUGGAAGCUAUGACGGUGGGAGUGGUGCCAGUGAGGAUCCAGUCGUGAGGAAUCUCCAGGUGCAAUUGGAGAAUGCCAUGAACAUGAUCCAGAACCUGCAGUCCCAGCAGAAAGUGGCCACACCGCCACCAGGUGGUUCAACCAAGGCGAAGACUCCCCCAUCGGCUGCGCAUGGGAAGUCUCCUGGAACUUCCUCGGCCACACCUUCCACUGCCUCUAAGGCCCCAUCUUCCACGGCCCCAUCUUCCACUGCCUCUAAGGAGAAAGAGGAUGACGAUGGGGCUGCAGAAGCCCUGGCGCGCUACAAGAUGGUAGCUGCAGACGAUGUGGAGUUAUCCAAUGACUGGCUCGUCCCCACCACGGAGAUGGCACCUGAACAGGAUGAGGGCAAGGUCCAGACUCCUGCGGAGGGAGAGGCUCUGUCAAAUCGGCAGUGGGGAAACAGGUCGAUUGAAGCCUUGGAGGUGAAGCUCACUGCAGCCCAGGCCACCUAUGACACGUUUGCGGCUGCACGGUCGUCCAUGGGAUCUUCUGAGCGGAAUGAGGAGAAUGUGAACCGGCUGAACAAAUUGAUGCGAGACGCCAUGGAGAAGGCCCUGGAGAAAUCCCUCAAGAAGAAGAAGACGGAUGCAGCUGCAGUCGCCUGUGCUGACGCCAUUCGACAGGCAAGGGUGACGAGGUUGCCUUCGAAGGGGCUACGAAAAUUGGCCCGGGUCAAUCUGAAACGAAGUGAGGCUGGAACACACCAUGUCUUCAAACAGUUUGGACAGUCCCUGGAUAUUCCGAUUUCCAAGACCAACCUACCCUCCAAAAAGGACUUCCCACAUGUGACCUUCACGAAUUGGCUUCGGUACAUUGUGGAGAGUGACAACCUGCAAUACCUGUGUGGUGCACCAGAGGUAGCUGAUAUGCGAAGGAUACUUUCAACAUUUUGGGAUCGCUUUGAAAAAUUGUAUCCACAUCAUGUGAUCUGUGGACGGAAUGAUCCUGGCUUUUCACGGGAGAUGUGUAUUCCGGUCCUGUACCAUGGAGAUGAGGGACGGUCUUUGAAAAAGAAGCAGCUAAUGGUAUUGUCAACACAUGGAGUUCUUGGCCGUGGCAGUAACCCAAGCAAUAAGAACUUGAAUGACAUGGACGAUCCCAACGGCCCCCUACGCCUCAACAUGAUUGGGAAUACCUUUUUGACACAUUUCCUGCAAUGUGUGAUGCCUAUCAAGCUCUACAACACCUCACCUGAGUCAUUCUACCACAUGCUGGACCUUCAAGGGAAAGAGUUUGCAGAGCUUUUUCAAACAGGGGUGGUGAUCAAUGGUGUUCGAUUCUAUGUGCGCUGCGUGGGGGUCAAGGGAGAUGCACCUUUUUUGGCAAAGAGCGGCUUGUUUUUCAGGAACUUUUUGCGACGGCCUACCAGGCCAUACACGGACCCUAGUCCUCUGCUACAAAUUCCUUACGAGGUGGGUGGGACAACUGAAGCCUUGUGGAAGUUCGACUUGUUCCACAACUUUCACAGUGGGAUGGGCAAAUACUUUGCAAGUUCAGCAAUUGUUGUUUGCUUGGAGUUGGUCAAUGCCAGCAUUGAUGGUGCUUUCGACCUUAUUUCCCAGGACUUCAAAAACUAUUGCCGUGUUCACAGGGAAUGCCCAUAUCACAAGAGUAUCACAAAAACAUUGCUGGGAGUAGAGGGCUCUUUUCAGGAUGUUCCCGAUGGGGGAUGGAGCAAAGGGGACUUUACCCGGCUGAUCCUGAAGUGGUUUGCUGACUACUGUUCGCGUUGUGUGAUUGGAGAAACAGAGGACCAAUUGUACUUGAAAUGCGCUGAAGCGGUGUUCGCGAUCAACGAUUGCUUGGGUUCACUAUACCGUGAAGGGCUUUUUGUUCCAGCGGAGCGAUCUCACAAGAUUGCCACUCAGGGCUUGGUUUUCUUGAAGCUUUAUGCUGACCUAGCUACGUUGUGCCAUGAGAAGAACAAAAAAAG